AUGUCAAAUCUUUCAGACGCAAUAGACGGAGACUCGGGGGACUCUGGUGAAGAGAUACCAGUGACGGAAUUGGUAUAUUCCUUCGAUUGGUCAACUACUCCAUUGGGUCCAAUGAGCGAUUGGCCCGCAUGGCUAAAGUCGACUGUUGACCUCUGCCUUCACUCGGUAUUUCCUAUCGGAUUGUACAUUGGACCAGAAAAAGUUCUUAUUUACAAUCAAAUGUGGAGACCUAUUCUGAAGCGCAAGCAUCCAGCUGCAUUAGGCACGUUGGCUUCGGAGACCUGGUCUGAAAUAUAUGAUGUUUUAGAACCAUUAUUUGACGAGGUUUUCACAACGGGAAAAGGUCAAUUCAAUGAUGAUUUCCUUUUGUACAUGAAUCGAUCUGGUUACGUAGAGGAAGCAUACUUUUCCUUUACAUUAAGUCCAAUGUUUACUGAAGAUGGGAAAGUUGGAGGUAUAUUCAAUGCUGUGCAAGAAACUACACAAAGAGUUCUUAUGGCUAGGAGACUCAAAACUUUGGGUGACUUGGCUAAUGGAACACAAGGCGCCAAAUCAAUCGAAAGUGCCUGUCACUUUACCACUGAAGUAUUCCGAGAAAACGACAUGGAUAUUCCAUACGCUAUAAUAUAUCUCGUCGAAAAUGAAAAAGUGGGUUCUGAAUUUAAACCAAAAAAUGCGCGUCUCGAAGCUACAACUUUUGAUAGUGAACUAGCAGUUAUCAAAGGAGCUGAUGGAACCGAAGAAUAUCUGUUUGUCCAUGGGCAAUCUAGAAGAGAUCUGCCCGAAGUGUUACCAAAGACUCCAGAAUUGAUUGAUCUGACCGACGCUGAAACUUCGGAUAACAAUAUGGUUGAAAACAAUAGAGAGAUUCCUGCAUCUGAACCGUGGCCUUUGGCACUUGCUGUAUUCAAAAACGAUAACGUGACCAUUAAAUUGUCCGAUAAUUCGCUAGCUGUGCUGUGUCCAGUGAUUACCACGUCUGCUGGAAAAAGUUUCUUGACUGCUCUGAUGAUAUGUGGCAUUAGUAAACACAGAGCUCUUGACAGAGAGUACGAGGAAUUUUUGCAUCUGGUUAUCGGCCAAGUGAGUUCUAGUUUUACUCAGGGUCGAUCACGAGAAGAAGAGCGAAAGCAGGCGGAAAUGUUGGCUGACUUGAAUCGACAAAAGAUUGCAUUUUUCCAAAACAUUAGCCACGAAUUGCGCAGUCCAUUGACGCUUAUGCUUUCACCGUUGGAAGAAGCGAUGGAGUUAUGUCCAAAGAAUGCUCCGAUAUUUGCUCAUCUCAAAUUAAUCCAAAAGAACAACCGAAGAUUGCUCAAACUAGUAAACACUCUUCUUCAGUUUUCUCGUAUAGAAGCAGGCCGACUUCAAGCAUGGUUCUGCUCUGUUGAUAUUUGUAGCCUGACUUUGGAAUUAGCAUCCAAUUUCGAAAGCACGAGUAAAUCAUUUGGCCUUUAUUACAAGUUUGAAAUACCUAGUGAUGAGGAACUCUCCAAGCAGUUAGAACAAAAAGUCUUUUUGGACGAGGAAAUGUACGAAAAAAUUGUAUUUAACUUGUGCUCGAAUGCAUUCAAACAUACAUGGACUGGUGGAGUAACUGUCCGAUUGUUUGUAGAGCCCAAAAACGGUAAAGAAGGCGUUAUACUAGAAGUAGCAGAUACUGGUGUGGGCAUACCCGAAGAACAUUUAGGCAAUCUAUUCCAACGCUUUUAUCGUAUCGAAUCACGACAAUCGCGCAGCCACGAAGGGACAGGCAUCGGUCUUGCUCUAGUCAAAGAAUUGGUUAUAAAACACGGUGGCGAUAUUUCGGUUACGUCCAAAGUGGACGUCGGCACUACUUUCCGUAUUUGGUUUCCUACCGGAUGGGAUCAUCUUCCGUCUUCGCAGGUUCAUUUCAAUACCGAAAAGUCCUCAGUUAAUCCAAACUAUGCGCGCGACAAACAACUUUACUCGAACGCGGAAUUGUACUUGGAGGAAUGUAUGCAAUGGAUCCAGCAUUCAAAGCCCACACAGUUUGACGAUGAGAGCGAUCCGAUGUUGGUCGAUGAUGGGUCCGCAUCACAACAAAAAACGGACGAGUUAUCGGUGUUGUAUACUGAACCCGAUUGCUUCGAGUCUGACAAUGUGAAAAAAUGUGUUCUUGUUGUUGAUGACAACACGGAUAUGAGGAACUAUUUAAAGAGUUUGAUCAAGCGACAAUUCGAUUGUAUCUGUGCUGUUGAUGGUUGUGACGCGCUCCGAGUUAUAAAAAAUUCACAACGACUGCCGGACCUGAUUCUUAGUGAUAUUAUGAUGCCCAAUAUGAACGGCUACGAAUUGCUCGCUGCAAUACGCAACAAUCCUAGGAUUCAAAUGAUUCCGGUUAUUCUAUUAUCGGCUCGAGCAGGAGAAGAAGCUAGUGUCGAAGGAUUGGAGAAGGGUGCAGAUGAUUAUUUAAUUAAACCAUUCAAUGCUCGUGAACUCUUGGCUCGCAUCCGUGCAAACAUCAAACUUUCUCAUCUUCGUCGUCAGCUUCUCGCGGAACAACGACGUCAAUCUGAAACCAAGCAACUGUUAUUUACAAUCAGUAGCAAAAUUCGUUCUGGUUUUGGAAUACAAGAAACUCUUGACACUGCCAUUGUGGAAGUAAAGAAGAUUCUGUCAUGCGAUUCUUUACUAAUUAUUGACAGCAUUGUGAUAAAUGACAAGAUAGCCUGCAAAGUAAUGUCUGCUUCAUUAAGACCGCAAGACGAUCCAUCGAAAAUUGUCGGGGGUGUGUUCCAUCAUUUUUCGUGUGACAAGUAUAUAUCCAAAUCCAAGAAAAAGAAGAAUACAUGCUCUGAUUCAACAGACGUACAGUACGACGAAUACGAAGAACUAGGUCUACUGGAAGACGAUGAAUUGCAUGAUUCUCGUGACUUGGAAGUGGAUAUCAGUUCAGACUACGAAUCGCAAGUUAUAUGUCGGCGCGUGUCUAUUAUUAGCGUAGCUAUUCGUCUAAAAUCAUCUCUUUGGGGAUGGAUAGUGGCUCACCAACGCCCAGGCUAUAUCUGGACGGAAUCGGAAAAAAUGUUUUUACAGCAGGUCUCGAAUCAAAUAAGUUUGGCUAUAAGUCAUGCCAUACUUGUCGAAGAGAAAUUAAAACGAGAGGCUCAAAUGGAGGCUGCCAAAGAGGCGAACAAAGCCAAAAAACUUCGUACACCAUUGGGUGCAAUUAUUGGCGCACUCUCUGCAUUCGAAGGAACACCUCUUCGACCUGACCAACGAGACAUGGUCGAAGUAAUGACUCGCGCUUCCGAUGUUGUCCUAUCCGUAGUCAAUGACAUCCUAGAUGCUGCCAGACUGGAAGCGCAAAAGCUUACAUUGAUAAAUCGCACUUUCGAUCUAAUCGAGCUUGUAGAGAAGAACAUUGCAAUGUUUGGCGAGCGUGCCGGUUCAAAGGAGAUGGAACUAAUAUUUCUAUACGAACCAAGAGAAUCUCCUAAAUAUGUAAAAACCGACCCAGAGAGGCUACAACAAGUGAUAAUGAAUCUAUUAUCCAAUGCUAUUAAAUACACUGAAAAAGGCAAAGUUGAAGUACGGCUGUCAAUAAGAGACCGUUGUAGCGCUGUUGCUGGGGAGAAUCGUGAUAAUAGCACUGACAGUAACGAUAAUAACAACACUGGCCAUCUGCUUAUAGAAAUAAUAGAUACCGGUAUAGGUAUUGAUCCGAAGGAAGCGCAGCACAUAUGGAAGAGCUAUGCACGAGGAGACGCUUCAAUGACUCGUCGUAGGGAUGGCGCAGGUCUAGGCCUCUCGAUAAGUAAAAGUCUGGUUGACCUGAAUGGUGGUACCCUCGGUGUUGACAGCGAGCUUAACAAAGGAAGUAGAUUCUGGUUCACCUGGAACUUUGAGCAUUUGUCUCUGCCAACAAUACCAAAGUUAAAAACACUACCUUGCAGCUCACAUGAUCAGCAGAACUGGCAGGGAACCGAAGAAUCUUUGACGAAGCGUGUUCUUAUUAUUGAUCCUUUUGAAGCAACAAGAACUGCCUUUACGACCAUGAUAAGCGAUAGCGUCGGGAAAGUAUACGAGUACGCCGACUACCAAACUGCGAUCGAAGCAGUCAGAGAGUAUGGAAAGAACAAUAGUGGGCCUAUGUGUAAUUUUGCAUUUUUCAGUGUGGGAGAGAAGAAUGCUAAGAUGGUUGAGGAUACUGCCAAGGAGCUGAAGCGGCUCUGUGGAGAAGAUCGAUUGUCAAUUAUAUUACUGAUAUUCUGGUCAUCUAGUGGACGCACUAUUGGGAAGAAACUGAUUGAGAAUUUAGGAAAAAACGUCGCGGCCAUUUGUAAACCUAUAAUGCAAAAACGUAUACUAGACUGCAUUUCUCAUUUUGACUUGUACGUGACCAGGCCAUCGGAUGAGAAUGCUACAGGAAUCGAAGAGGAUAAUUCAGCAAUGUAUAGCAUAUUCUACAAUCAUAAUCGACCCACAGCUGCAUAUAAUUUAUCGAAUUUGAGAGAUUCAGAUGAACCAACUGUAAUUCGAGGUGUUGCAGGUAAUGAAAGAGAACGCAAACCCGAGACCACUCACCGCCCAACAAAGAGAUCAGCUACCAGUGAAUGGAAGGAUCAAACCGAUGCUGAAGAACCGGAGAGCAAGUCAAGGAAUAGAGUUGUGAAUGCAUCCAAAUGUGUACUCUGUGUGGAGGAUAAUGCCGUUAAUCUUAAGGUUAUUAAAGCUCAAUUGAGUAAGCUGGGAUAUCAACAUUUGUCAGCAGUAAACGGUAAGGAAGCUGUCGAAGUAGUGAAGAAGCAAUAUGAGCAGAACCUGUUUGCUUCUUCAUCCGGUAGUUCGGAACCCGAGAAAAUAUCAUUAAUUUUGAUGGACUGUGCAAUGCCUAUAAUGUCAGGGUUCGAAGCAUCGCAAGCAAUAAGAGCGAUGGGUCCGGAACUUCAAAAUCUUCCAAUCAUCGCGUUGACUGCAUCUGCGAUAGCAGGGACUAAGGAGCAAUGCUUAGAAGCAGGCAUGAGUGACUAUCUAACUAAGCCACUCAAGCUGCAGACAUUGAAGGGGAAGUUACUUGAAUGGUUGGGCGAGAAUUAA